AAAUCCAUAUAGUACAAGCUAGCUAGCAAGUGAAAUGGAAACUCAAAUUAAAUUAAACUCAAUAUAUACACAAGAAAUCACCGACCGGCUAGCUACAAUAAUGUCGAGAGAGAUCCCCACGAUGGCGUUCGGCAACGAGAGUAGUAGUACAGCAACACCCCAAAUAAUGGAUGACGACAUGCCGGAGCCGGACUACUCCUCCACAGAGUCAGCCAUGGAAAUGGAGUGCGAGGCGCCGGCGCCGGGCUCGUCGUCGUCUUCUCCGGCGCCGGCCUCGGGCGCGCCGCGGCCGGCGGCAGCGGCAACAUCCUCCUCGUCUUCUUCGUCGCGGUUCAAGGGCGUGGUGCCGCAGCCCAACGGGCGCUGGGGCGCGCAGAUCUACGAGAAGCACGCGCGCGUGUGGCUCGGCACCUUCCCCGACGAGCCCUCCGCGGCGCGCGCCUACGACGUGGCCGCGCUCCGCUUCCGCGGCCGCGACGCCGUCACCAAUUACCACCACCAAAUUAGCUCGAGCUCUUCUUCGCCUUCGUCAUCGUCUUCUUCGUCUCCGGCCGCCACGGCUAGCGAGCUCGCGUUCCUGGCGGAGCACUCCAAGGCGGAGAUCGUGGACAUGCUCCGGAAGCACACGUACGCGGACGAGCUCCGCCAGGGCCUGCUCCGCGGCCAUGGCGCCGGCGCGCGCGUGCGCACCCCGGCGUGGGCGCGCGAGGUGCUCUUCGAGAAGGCCGUGACGCCCAGCGACGUCGGCAAGCUCAACCGGCUCGUGGUGCCCAAGCAGCACGCCGAGAGGCACUUCCCGGAGCCGGAGAAGACGACCGGCAGCAAGGGCGUGCUGCUCAACUUCGAGGACGGGGAAGGGAAAGUGUGGAGGUUCAGGUACUCUUACUGGAACAGCAGCCAGAGCUACGUGCUCACCAAAGGCUGGAGCCGGUUCGUCAGGGAGAAAGGGCUCGCCGCUGGCGACACCAUCGUCUUCUCCUGCGCCUCGGCGGCGUAUGGGAAUGGGGAUCAGAGGCAGCUCUUCAUCGACUACAGGAAGAUGGCGACGACGAGCAACAAGGAUGAUGCCAUGGAGAGCCAUUCUGUGGUCAAGCUUUUCGGCGUUGACAUUGCCGGAGGACAAGGAGGAGGAGAUCGAUCAGCUGAAAGGUACACGAUGGAUUGCUGGCUAAUCGAUCGAUUCAUCUGCACUUCAAAAUUGGGGGGAUCAAUUAGGAGAGACGCAGCUGGCUAAUCGAUCGAUUCAUCUGCACUUCAAAAAUACUACCACAUUCAGAUGCAUGAUCACACACAUAUAGACGCUGGAGCCUGAGAUGGAUCGGAGCAAGAGAUUGAUCGAAGACUAGUGCGAGUCAAGAAGUACUGAAGAUUCGAUUGAUCAUUCGAUAGGGUUGUAAGAGAGAAACAGUUUCUUGUACUUAUGUUUUCUGUUUAUCCUAAAUUAAAUUUUGCAAUUCUCUCUUACUUUUAUUAAUUGUUUUCGAAAUCUUUGUUAUUCUUGAAACAGUGCAUGCUCAUGCCUACAA